GUAGCGGCAGCGCGAAGAGGCUGCGUAGACGCCUCUCGGCCUCUUCUCUCUGUCCUUACUCCGUAAGGUCCCAUGAGCCAAGCAACUGAACGAAACACCUGUUAUCGCUAUUGGAACUCAUCAAAUAAAUACACUGGCUGCCCCUCAUUCCACAAUCAAAAAGAACCGCUGUGUCUGCUGUGAUCCUUCUCCCCGCACCACACCUAGCCACUCUUACAUCACCAAACACAACGCAGGGUCCUGAAGCUGGGUGCGCUGAGACAACUGGGACCACAUAUAGACUGUCAGUGCGUGAGGGUUACAUCUUUUUGGUGCCGUGACCCGGAUUGUGGUGCUUCAGCUCAAAGUGCAGUCUACAGUGAGAGGAGUGAAGAGAAGUAUUGUUGCUUGGCUCUCCCUGGAUGGUGUCCUGGCUGCUGUAAUUGCUGUGGAGCUGAGCGACCGUGGAAGUGUGGACCGCGCACCUGCUCUGGAACCGGCUGUAUCUGUCCCUCCAUCUGGCUGUUCUGCAUCGGAUCCACUGGCCUUCUCUAUCUACAGACACUGAGCCUGAGUGUGCGCCUCCUGUUGAUCGUACACCUCCACCUGCAAGCCAAGCUGAGCCAUAAAAAGAAGGCAGCUCCUAGUUAUAGUAAAGAUGGGUGCAGUGGUAUACAUAAAGGGUACUGUGUAUAAUAAGUGUAUAACAUUGCACAACAGUAUUAUAGCAGUGUGGUAUUUCCUCUUCAACCCAAAGUGUGUUGAUGGUUUUGAGUUUUCACCUUAAAGUAUUGUGGGUGUUCAUUUUGAGUAAUAACUGUUCUAGUUGUGCUUUCUAUGGUGUGUUUUGGAUAUUGUUAAAGCCAAAGUUGUCAGGUCACUUUUGCACAUUAGUAACUUAGAAUGCAGCACCAAAUCAACAUUGACAUGCCAGUAGAUCAGCAAGGGCCCCAAGUAGGACUUUUUACACACCAUACACAGACUGUUGCCAAACAGGUCCCCUACACUGACCAUUACCCCACUCCCGCUCACUCUACAGGUCUGCCCAUUCCUGACGUUUCCAAGCUGCUGCCCUCCCCACCUUGGACCACAGCCCAGCUGCCAGACCCAACCACCCAGUCAACCGGUCAGUGCCAUGGCAGCCUGUUGUAAGUGUUGCAGGCCCUCUGCCUCAGGCUAAUCUAUGGAGUCCAGCACCAGUGCCACCUCCUGCCUUAAGCCCUGUGCCAUCUCUGCUGGACCUGCCGACACCUACACCAAUGUACCAUGUAGCACCAAUGCCUCCUCACGACAUGCCUGCCAGAGCCUCAGCCCAUCAGAGCUCCCCUAUACCUGCCUAUGGAGGUUUCAUGCAAAAACACCAGGUAAAGAAUGUGCAAGUCUUCACGGGUAACAUGGACAGCAAGAUACUAGUGGAGGACUGGAUAAGGGACAUGCAGUACCUCCUUGAUGCCAUUGAACUCCCUGUGCACCUCCGCUUUUCUACUGUUGUGAGACACCUCGGAGGUGAGGCCAGAAAGCUAGUGUUAAACCUGCCCCCCCAAGAGCAAACCCCUGAAAGGGCAUUCGAUGAGUUAAAAGCAGAAUACAGUGACGCACACUCCUCCCUUGACCCACUGGCAGACUUCUAUGAGCGCAAUCAAAAGCCUGGUGAGACUGCCUGCUCCUUACUAUAGCGUUAGAGGCCAUCCUGCGCACUGUUGAGGAGAGCCAACGUAGUGGCCGUCCCUUCCCUGACAGAGACAGUAAGCUCACACGUCAGUUUCUGAGGGGGCUUGUCGAUGAAAAUGUGUACACCAGAAUUGCCCCUCUCAAGCCCCGACUUCUAAGCUUCCGAGAGCUUCAAGCGGAGCUCCGUGACCUAGCCAGAGAAGGUAAUAGGUUCCAACCACCACACAAACAAAGAAAGUCGUAUGCCCACGUCCAGACCUCUGAGGAGCAGAAUAGUGACAUGAAAAGGGGAAAAAACAAGCAAACUGAACUUUCUGAGCUGACAGAGAUUGUGAAAAAACUUGCACUUAGUCAAGAAGAGCAAAUGAUUAAACUAGCUGAUCUCGAGUUAAAAAUGUCCAGCCCUGCACCCUUAGUUAAGCCUGCACUGAGAAGUAAGGCCCCGAGUGCCAGUGUCACAUGUCACAGGUGUGGUAAACAGGACACAUAGCUCGUGUCUGCCGGGCUGUCCUCCCAGAUGUCAGUCCUGGGCAGUCCAGGCAGUCGCAGCCUGUGGAGUCUUCUGAUAGCCCCCCUUCGUCUGCUCGGCCUUUAAACUCUUAGAGCCCAUGGUAGAAGGGGCCACCAUGGGCACCCCAGAAUGUCUCCUCCCCAAAAAAACUGUUAAAAAGAGGGAGAAAAUGCCUUUAGUGGGACCGAGAAAUGAGGGUGGGGUGGUGGUUAAUGGUUUAAAGUGCACAGCUCUCAUUGAUUCCGGCUCACAGGUGACCACUAUCGCUAACAGCUUUUAUUCUAGUCACCCAAAAGCCACAGCCCUCCACAGUGCCUAUAGAAGUGGCAGCAGGCCAUGCCGUGCCCUACAGUGGCUUCAUAAACAUAGAGUUGAAAGUGUUGGGCAAAGUGUUUAGUUCCGUACCUACCUUUGUAGUUCCUGAUUCAGACUAUCUCUCCUCUGUCCCUCUCUUAGUAGGGACCAAUGUGCUCCGGGCCUCCAGAAGUCAUUUUAAAGAAGCCUAUGGGCAGCACUUCCUCCAUCAAGUGAAAGAAGAACACCCAGAGUGGUAUACAGCCUUGCUUGAUGUUGAAAAAUGUGAAACGAAGAAAACAAGUGACCUGGUGGAGCCCGCCGUAUUUGCUGGCCGCAAACUGAGAAUUCCUGCUGGAAAGGAAAUAGACUUAAAAUGCAAAGUAAAAACUGGCCCCCAAAAACAAUUAUACACUGUCUUCCUUGAAAGCCACGUCUCCUUAGGUCUCCCCCAAGACCACCUUGUUGCUAAAGUCCUGGCCAAUGUCGAUAAAGGCUUUGUCCCAAUCAGAGUUAUGAACAUGUCCCAGCGCAGUGUCACUAUUAGGCCCCAAACCCCUCUGGCCCAUGCCUUUCUUGUUGAAAAGGUGGUUGAGUUUCCAGAUAGUGCCGGCCCCUCUGGUGCAGUACAAACCAGUGUUAGUCUGGAUCAUGUUAUUUCUGAAAGUAUUGUGGAUCUAAGCGGGGCUGCAACAGAUAACGGACAACAGCGCACUGUCGUCCAACAACUCAUCGACAAAAACAAAGACAUGUUAUCACGACACUCAACAGACUAUGGUCAUACUAAUACAGUGCAACAUGAAAUAACACUCAUUGACUCAAAACCCUUUCGACUGCCGUAUCGUAAAAUUCCUCCUUCACAGUGGCAGGAUGUUAGGAAGCUGUUAACUGAGAUGGAGGCAGCCGGAGUCAUUUGGCCCAGUAAAAGCCCCUAUGCUUCUCCUGUGGUAGUUGUCACUAAAAAGGACGGGUCAUUGAGGCUCUGUAUUGAUUAUCGAAAACAACUCAUGCAGCACAAGAGACACCUUUCCCCUGCCCAGAAUAGAGGAGGCUCUGGAGGCAUUGGGACAGGCUAAAUACUUCUCCACCCUCGACCUCACAUCAGGCUACUGGCAGGUAGAAGUGGCGGAACAGGACAAACACAAAACUGCAUUCAGCACACCAAUGGGACUGUUUGAGGCGAAUAGGAUGCCCUUUGGCCUUCAAAAUGCCCCAUCCACAUUUCAGAGGCUAAUGACAUGCUGUUUUGGUGAUCUCAACUUUACUCAUCUGCUAAUCUAUUUGGAUGAUCUAAUCAUAUUUUCAAAGACCUUUGAUGAACAUUUGGGGAGGCUCCAGCUAGUGUUUGACCGCCUCCGACAGCAUGGGUUAAAGCUUAAGCCUUCCAAGUGCCAGCUAGUGAGAAAGGAGGUGCAGUAUUUGGGGCACAUAGUGUCAGCGAAAGGGGUUAAAACUGACCCACAGAAAAUCAGCAAAGUUAAAGAUUGGCCAAGACCUACUAACAGGAAAGAGGUGCUCCAGUUCCUUGGCUUCGUGGGGUACUAUAGGUGGUAUGUCCCAAACUUCUCCUCAAUUGCUGCACCCUUGUAUUGCCUCACAUCAGGUGACCCUAGAAAAAAGAAAAGGGGUACAAACAGAAAUGCUGAGCCUGCCCGUCCUUUUCUAUAGACUGACCAGUGCGAGAAUGCUUUCUCACUGUUGAAAGACAAGCUGAUUACUGCGCUGUGCUUGGUUACCCAGACUACAACCUGCCCUUUGUGCUCCAGACAGAUGCAUCGGGUGGGGGAUCAGGCGCUGUGUUAGCACAGAUCCAAGAGGGGCAGGAAAGGGUUAUAGUUUAUGCAAGCAGAGGUUUAACCCCACCUGAAACACAUUACCCGGCGCAUAAGCUCGAGUUCCUCACCCUUAAAUGGGCAGUAACCGACAAAUUCUAUGAUCAUCUGUACGGGCGUCGCUUCUCAGUUCUGACAGACAAUAACCCCCUUAAGUAUGUCAUGUCCUCGGCAAAACUUGACGCCACAGGCCAGCGUUGGGUUUCUCAACUGCACAUUUUCAACUUUGAUAUUCAGUAUCGCAGGGGCAGAACUAAUGCAAAUGCGGAUGCACUUUCACACAUGUCGAGCCAAGAUGUUGCUGCAGUCCUGUCCCCACCAGGUCACCAACAACAGCUGCCCCCAGACACCUAAAAACGCCCCUGAUACAAGGUCUGUGCCCCAGACAAGAGAUGGCGCAGACGAGCCCUAUUUAGAGGUGGGAACAGAAUCUCUCCCAGCCAUGACCACCAAUGAAAUUCGCAUAGCCCAGAAAGAGGAUUCUGUGAUUGGCCCGGUCCUGUUUUCAAAGAGCCGCAACCGAAAGCCAGACCACAGUGAUAGAGCUGGGAUGGGCGAGCAUGGGCGCCUUCUCUUAAAAGAGUGGAGGAGGUUGGCGAUAAAAAAUUGAGUCUUGUUCCGCAAAGUCAAGGACCAACAAAGAGGCAUGUUGGAGCAACUUGUACUGCCUGAGACACUGCACACUAAAGUCAAAACCACCCUGCAUGAUGACUCAGGGCACUUGGGGUUUGAAAGGACUUUGCAAAUGAUAAGAGAGAGGUUUUACUGGCCAAAGAUGUUCCAGGAGAUUAAAGCCUGGUGUGAGCGAUGUGAAAGGUGUUGCCUGAGAAAGACCCCACUGCAGGCCUCAGAGCUCCCCUGGUCAGUAUUCACUCUAGCGCCCCCAUGGUACUUGUUUGUGUUGACUUUUUAAGCUUAGAAAAAUCCAGGGGUGGCAUUGAAAAUGUUCUCAUUGUUACAGAUCAUUUCUCUCGCUAUGCCCAAGCAUACCCCACCAGAGAUCAGAAAGCCAGUACAGUGGCUAAGACAUUGUGGAAAAACUUCUUCUGUCGUUUUGGUUUCCCUGCCAAGCUCCAUGCAGACCAGGGCCGAAAUUUUGAAAGUACCAUUGUAAAAGAACUGUGUAAAUGUGUUGGCAUUACAAAAACUCACACCACACCAUACCAUCCACAGGGCAACGGCACAACUGAAAGAUAUAACCGCACAUUAAUGAAUAUGCUUGGUACCCUUGAGCCCCACCAAAAGCCCCGCUGGCACGAACACGUUGACGCAAUGACCCAUGCCUAUAACUGUACACAACACGACUCCACCGGCUAUACACCUUACUAUCUCAUGUUCGGCAGGCACCCCAGGCUUCCUGUUGACCUUGUCUUUGGGCUCUCUGAUUCUAGGAAGUCGUGUGAGUACUCUGAGUAUGUCCAAACGCUACACACUGCCUUGUCCAAAGCCUAUGCCCAGGCCAAUCAGUCGUCCCAUCAUGCCAAACAGCAGCAGAAAAAGCACUAUGACAAGAGAGCUAAGGGUCAGGCGUUCAGCCCAGGAGACAGGGUCCUGGUUAAAAUUUGUCAUGUAGAGAAUCGCCAGAAACUCGGAGACAGGUGGGAAUCACACCCAUACAUUGUGGUCAAAAAGCAGCCUACUCUACCAGUGUAUGUGAUUAGGAGAGAGGAUGGGGGAACUGAGAGGGUGGUCCAUCCUAAUCUUUUAACACAGUGCAUGUCUCUUCCAGUGCAGCAAAGACAAACGGGUGCUCCUGACGGGCAUGAAUAUGCAACAGAGAGUGAAAAUAAACAACAGGACAGUGAAAAUACGAAUGAGUCGGAUGUGGAGAAUGUGGAGGAACCUGACGAUUGUAUCAGUCCUGAAAUUGCUGGCCAGGAGCCAGACCAGCUAAGCACAGAAGAGGCAGAAGUGGUGGCUGGGCUGCGGGAGGAAGAGGUGGGCAGGGAUUGUUCUGUUUCACCCCAAGGGGCCAAUAUCCUAAAGAGAAACCCCACAAGAGAGCGACACCCCCCAAAGAAACUUUCCUAUGAGACACAAGUGACUACCACUGACAAUGACCUAAGACUGAUAGAGAGAGGCAGGAAGAUAUGGCAAAGGGAGAAAGCGAAAAGAGCUUCUGGAUGUACAUAAACACAUACAGUUCCUGUUGUUGUGUUUGUUUUGUUUUCUGUAGAGAAUAACACUGUUGGGUCUGUCUAGUUGGGUGUGUCCGAUGGCUGGAACACCAUCAAUUAAAGGAGGGGUGGAUGUAAGGGAGUGACCACUAGGUGGUGCUCCUGUACUUUGUUUACUUGUCGAGACCGCAGUUACUGUUUUGUUGUUUUUGGCCCAUGUCCAAGUGCGGCCACCGUAGCGGCAGCGCGAAGAGGCUGCGUAGACGCCUCUCGGCCUCUUCUCUCUGCCCUUACUCCGUAAGGUAGGCACUGUCAAUCGCAGUUAAUCAGAUCUAUCAACAUCUUUGUUGAUAUUUGCCAUCUUCAUGUUAAUUGCACCAAAUAGGUUAAGGAAAAUGUUUUACUCAUUAUUGGUCCUGUUCUGAAUGACCAGCACAUUGGUUUGUUCAUUUUAUGGCACUUGAUUUUACGCUAGCAGUUGGGAGCAGUCAGAGUCCGUUGAUGCGUUGUGUAGUGUGUUGUAGCCUAUUGUGGUGACCAUUUACCAAAUUUACCAACCAUUUACUAAAUAAUAGUUUAUCUUGUUUUAUGAUAUUUUAUUAUUAUUAUUGUUGUACACUGUGUGUGAACAUGAAAUUUAUAAUUGGUAAUUGUAUUGUUGUAGUAAAUGACUAAUUAGCUGGUCUUCUCUCUGCCGUUACUCCGUAAGGUCCCAUGAGCCAAGCAACUGAACGAAACACCUGUUAUCGCUAUUGGAACUCAUCAAAUAAAUACACUGGCUGCCCCUCAUUCCACAAUCAAAAAGAACCGCUGUGUCUGCUGUGAUCCUUCUCCCCGCACCACACCUAGCCACUCUUACAUCACCAAACACAACGCAGGGUCCUGAAGCUGGGUGCGCUGAGACAACUGGGACCACAUAUAGACUGUCAGUCCGUGAGGGUUACAUAUAUACAUAUAUAUAUUAGGGAUGUCAAAUUAUCGCGUUAAUUGCAAUUAAUUAAUUACAGUCAUAUUUAGCGCGUUAUGUUUUUUAAUCGCGUUAAUCUCAUUUUUAAUCUCUAACUUUACUGUUUAUGUAUGCGAGUUGCUUUAUUAUAAAAUCUGUUUUUAUGUGU